AUGGUGCCGGUGCCGGUGGGGGUGCCGGCGGCGGUGGCCGCGAUGGUCCUGGCCGGGCUCGCGUGCGCUGAGGUCGCCGGCGGCGGCGGCCAGACGAUCUGCGACACGGCCAAGUGCGGCAAGGGCAGCUGCAACGAGAUGCCUGGGUGGCCGCUCCCCUUGUUCACCACCUCGUACAACUGCACCUGCGACCCCGGGUGGUCGCAGCCGAGGCUCUUCAACCUGACCCCGCUCCCCUUCGCGCCGUGCAUCGUCCCCGACUGCCCCUUCGACCCGGCCUGCUACAACAUCAGCCUCGUGCCCAGGGGCAUACCCUUCACGGACCCGUGCGUGGCCAUCAACUGCGGCGCGGGAGAGUGCAAGCGGGGCGAGGGCUUGAGCUACACCUGCGAGUGCCAGGAGGGCUACGUCAACUUCCUCAACCUCACCGCCUUCCCCUGCGUCAAGAACUGCGCCUUCGGCGUGGACUGCUCCAAGCUGGGCGUCGCGCCGCCGCCGGCCCCGACGCCGUCGACCGCGCCGCCGCCACUACCACCGGGUAAUCACGACUCGUCGGCUCCUCCCACCGGCCCAAAAGGCAAUGAUGCACAACUGCGCCUGGACUUUACUGGCCGGUUAAUUUAUCUGCAGAUCCGGCCGCGCUGA